AUGACCAUAUUGGAAAACUGCACAGACGAGGAGGAAGUUUGACAAGUUUCCGUGGAGACUGUAUGGAGUUUCACAGUUGGUGGAUACCUGUUUGUUUUUCGCGGGGGGUUACAGUAUCGUCAAAAAUGAUUGGACAAAAAUCAACCCCAUAGGAUCUAAGGUUGGGUUUGUCCUUGUUCCACUGGGGAAAACUCAGACAGUGUUAUUUACCAGGAGGAAGGUUGGAGAUGAGGUAUGCUUGAGGUUAUAUGGGAGAUACUUGGAGAGGGUGGGGGCCUUCAGGUUGCUUGGGGUAUACUUUGACAUUCAGGUUCCUUGGGGUAUACUUUGAUACUAGACUGACCUGGGCAGAACACAUUGGGAGAGUGGUGGGAAAGUGUAAGAAGGUGCUAAAUGUGAUGCACUGUCUGACUGGGAAGGAGUGGUGGGGCUGGGCGUUCCUCAUUGAGGACUAUCUAUGUUGUAUUGAUCCGAUCUGUAAUUGACUAUGGCAGUAUAGCGUAUGGUUCGGCAGCACGGACCUCAUUGGAAAGGCUAGAUGUCAUACAGGGGCAAGGACUCAGAAUAUGUAGUGGUGCGUUUCGGACGUCCCCAGUGGCAACAUUACAGGUGGAGAUGGGGGGGAUAUGCCAUUGCAGAUUAGGAGACUGCAGCUGGCAACGAAUUAUUGGGUCAACCUACAAGGACAUGGGGUGUCUCAUCCUGCGAAAGGGAUUUUACAGGCAUUCUGGGACCAUGAGCGAAGACAGAACACGAGCUUUGGGUGGGUGGGUAAUACCCAGGCGAAGGAGAUGGGACUGGAUGGAAGGGAGUUUAGUCCAACGGUAGCUAUUCCUGUAAAUCCACCAUGGUUACUCCCGCCUCCAGUAGUUGAUCUAGAAGUGUUGGAGAGACUACAGAAAGAUAGGGAGGGUGUUGAUCCAUCUUCUGAGUUGUUUAAGGACAUCUGAUACUGUUUUAUCAGGAUUUUGUGGCCAUUUACACAGAAGGUUAAAAAGAUCCAAGGACAGGACGUACUGGGUCAGCAUUUGUAGUGCAGGAAUGUGGGGUGGAAGUCAGGAAACGUAUUACAGAUCAUCUGGCUUGUAUAUACGGCGGAGCUGAUGGCCUACUGUUGGCCUUGGCAGUGGGGCGUAUCUGAAUGGCCCAUACUGUGGCCGUGCAGUGGCGAGGCUGAUGGCCAUACUGUUGGCCUUGCAGUGGGUGGAGCUGAUGGCCAUACUGUUGGCCUUGUCAGUGGGGUGGAGCUGAUGGGCCAUACUGUUGGCCUUGCAGUUGGGUGGAGCUGAUGCCUACCUGUUGGGCCUUGCAGGGUGAGGAAGUUGCCAGCCAGAAGUAGUUUAUUGCUCUGAUUCAUGUGCAGUGUUAAUGAGUCUCCAGUCCUUUAGCUCACGUAGCAGAAAAUACCUGCUUUAUGAGGUGCUACAAACCCAUGGCAGGAUUAGACAGAUGAUAAGAUUGACUUGGGUCCCAGCCCAUGUGGGGGUGGAGGGGAACGAGGCAGUUGAUGUACUUACGUAGUGGGGAUGGUGAUGGCGCAGAGAUUGCAGGAACAGUGGAAUAGAAAUGCUAAGGGGAGGCAUUUAUUUCAAGUACAGAGGAAAGUCGGGGAGAGGAGGACGGCAGGAAGGGACAGAAGAGAGGAGGCUAUUUUUACAAGAUUAAGGGUGGGACACAGCCGGUUGAAUAAGACCUUUAAAUGUGAUAGGAAAACAUCCAACAGGAAAGUGUGAUUAUUGCCAGGAAACAGAGACUGUGCAGAAUGUAUUGCUACUGUGUGGGCAGUAUCAGAGGGAAAGAGAGAGGAUGAGAUCUACUAUGAGGGAGAAGGGGAUACAGGACAUUAGUUUAAAGAGUAUAUUGAGUAGAACGUCAUUAGAUAUAGUCUCAAAUAUUUUGUUAUCUUUUUUUAAGAGCAACGGGGCUGGCAGGUAGGAUUUAGUUUCUCCCUGUCUCUGGCCCACACUCCAGUAAGGUAGGUGGUGGUAAUGCACCAUAACGUUGGAUACCAACCGCCGAUAAACCCCACCGAAGAAGAAGAAGAAGAAGAAGAAGAAGAAGAAGAAGAAGUUCCACUGGGGAAGGAAACUUCAGUAUCCCGUUUAGGAAAACAUGAGCAAGAGCAGCAGGUCAAAAAACUAAACAACACCUAUCAUGUAAUUAUCUAAAUAGCUAACAGACUGAUUUGUGAUUUAUGCAAUAAGCCAGUAGUGUCGGGACUAUUCCAGUUAGCUGAAAGAUGUAUGCUUUGUGUAGCAAUAUCUUUGAGAAAAUUCGCUAGCCUCUAAAACACUUCACCUACACAGUGAGUAUUUCCUGCCACCACAAUAUAUUGAAUUGUUUUCACAUUCUUUUGGCCAGCUACCUAACUAAUGAGCUAAAUCAUAACAUGCAUGUACUUUGUAUCUAUACUGAACAGAACAAAUAUAUAAACGCAACUAGCAACAAUUUCAAAGAUUUUAUGGAGUUACAGUUCAUAUAAGGAAAUCAGUCAAUUGAAAUAAAUAAAUUAGGCACUAAUCUAUGGAUUUCACAUGACUGGGCAGGGGUGCAGCCUUGGGUGGGCCUUGGAGGGCAUAGGCCCACCCACUUGGGAGCCAGGCCCUGCCAAUCAGAAAAAAAUUUUUUUCCCCACAAAAGGGCUUUCUUACAGACAGAAAUAAUCCUCAGCACCUGCCCGCUUCCCCUCAGAUGAUCCCGCAGGUGAAUAAGCCGGAUGUGGAGGUCCUGGGCUGGCGUUGUUACUAGUGGUAUGCGGUUGUGAGGCUGGUUAGACGUACUGCCAAAUUCUCUAAAAGGAUAUAGCAGGCAGCUUAUGGUAGAGAAAUGAACAUUCAAUUAUCUGGCAACAGCCCUGGUGGACAUUCCUGCGGUCAGCAUGCCAAUUACACGUUCCCUCAAAACUUGAGACAUCUGUGGCAUUGUGUUGUGUGACAAAACUGCACAUUUUAAAGUGGCCUUUUAUUGUCAACCAGCACAAGGUGCACCUGUGUAAUGAUCAUGCUGUUUUAUCAGCUUCUUGAUAUGCCACACCUGUCAGGUGGAUGGUUUAUAUUGGCAAAGGCAAAUGCUCACUAAGAUGGAUGUAAACAAAUUUGUGCACAAAAUUUGAGAGAAAUACACUUUUGCAUAGUGCCAACUGUAAAGUUUGGCGGAGGAGGAAUAAUCGUCUGGGGCUGUUUUUUAUGGUUCGGGCUAGGCCUUUAGUUCCAGUGAAGGGAAAUCUUAACGCUACAGCAUACAAUGACAUUCUAAACAAUUCUGUGCUUCCAACUUUGUGGCAACAGUUUGGGGAAGGUGCUAUGUGGAUCUCUUGUGUAAGAGCCCCGACGCUCGGUCUGAACAUUAACGUGCGUCGCUUGCAGUACGAUUUUGGAAGCAUAAGGACCUUAUCCUUCAUAUUAGUGAGAAAUCAUUUUCAAAAAACACAAGGUUAAAUUGAUACACACCUUUAUAGGGUUUGGGUUUCCACAUGGCCAUAUUUCCAUGUUACAGCGCUUGUUUACGGAAAACAUUUUACAUUUACGUCAUUUAACAGACGCUCUUAUCCAGAGCGACUUACAGUUAGUGAGUGCAUAAUUAUUUAUUUUUUUAUACUGGUCCCCCCGUGGGAGUCGAACCCACAACCCUGGCAUUGCAAACGCCAACUGAGCUCCACGGGACAGACGGAAGACCUGUGCUAAUUAGCUAUCUGCGUAUCCGAACACCUGUGUGUAAAGGGAAGACAGACGCCACAAACGUGUUGUCACUGAAAGAUACUGUCGACUGCCGCUGUGUUAAAACCGUGUACAGUAAGUGUGUAUUUUGCAUUUGUGAAAUUAUUUUGAUGUGAUAUGAAAGUAGAGGGAUUUAUGUUUCUAUAACCGUAUUGCAGUUGAGAAUCGAUUCACGUUUAGAUGGGAGUGUUUGGCUGAUUAGGCUUCCAGAACCAAUUCGACCUUUAAACAGAACAUGUAAGGACCUACACUAAACCAAAAUAUAAACGCAACAUGUGAAGUGUUGGUCCCAUGUUUCAUGAGCUGAAGUUAAAAAUCCCUGAAAUGUUCCAUAUCCACAAAAAGCUUAUUUCUCUCAAAUGUUAACUGCAGGAAUGUCUACCAGAGCUGUUGCCAGAUAAUUUAAUGUUCAUUUCUCUACCAUAAUGCUACCUCCAACAUCGUUUUAGAGAAUUUGGCAGUACGUCCAAUCGGCCUCACAACCGCAGACCACAUGUACGGCGUUGUGUGGGCGAGGAGUCUGCUGAUGUCAACGUUGUGAACAGAGUGCCCCAUGGUGGGGUUAUGGUUUGGGCAGGCAUAAGCUACGGACAACGAACACAAAAAUACCGUGACGAGAUCCUGAGGCCCAUUGUGAGGCCCAUAUUCCUAAUGUUUGGUAUACUCAGUGUCAUUUGUUGCUCGGUUGACUCAAGGAGCUGUAAGAUACUUUACCUAUUUUAAUGGUCAUCUUUCCUUUCUUUUGUAGUUCAACUACUGCUUUGCCAUUGCCUGGAUGGUGCAGCAGGACCCACCUGAGUUCAGGUAAUGCCCUACUGGUCGUUAAUCUACACAUAGUUUAUACUGAAAAAAGCUUUUGAUAAGGUGUGUAACAUGCUUCUACAAUGACUGAUGAUUGAUGAUAUAAAGGCUAUUGGUGGUGAUGAUUGGCUCCGACGCUCGUCGCAUGUGCCAGGGCUUGCAGACGAUAACGGAUUACAAAGGGAAAACCAGCCAUGACUUGCCCAGCAACGCAGAACUCACAAAUGAGCUAAAUGCCUUUUAUGUCCACUUCGAGGAAUAUAACACUGUGCCUUGCGUGAAAGCCCAUAUUUUUUUAGUUUAAACAGGUUAACAAUCACUAGGCUGCCGGGCCAGACGGAAUACCAGGGCACGUUCUCAAAGCAUGCGCAGACCAGCUGGCGAGUGUCUUCAGACAUUUUCAAUCUCUCAUUGUCCCAGCCUGUAAUCCCAACAUGUUUCAAGCUGACCACUAUUGUCCCUGUUCCUAAGAGCUCCAAGGUAACCUGCCUAAAUGACUAUCGAUCUGUAGCACUCACAUCUGUAAUUAUGAAGUGCUUUGAAAGGCUGGUCAUGACACACCAUCAUCCCAGACACCCUAGAUCAACUCCAAUUCACAUAGAGGGGCUGGAUUGUGGAGCAGGUCGAGAACUUCAAGUUCCUUGGCGUCCACAUCACUAAGGACUUAACAUGGUCCACACAUACCCACACAGUCGUGAAGAGGGCACGGCAGCGCCUCUUCCCCCCCCCCCCCCCCAGGAGUCUGAAAAGAUUUAGCAUGGGCCCUCGGAUCCUCCGAAAGUUUUACAGCUACAACAUCGAGAGCAUCUUGACUGGCUGCAUCACCGCUUGGUACGGCAAAUGCACCGUCCUUGACUGCAAAGCGCUACAGAGGGUGGUGCGGACAGCCCAGUACAUCACUGGGGCUGAGCUCCCUGCCAUCCAGGACCACUAUAUCUGCGGUGUCAGAGGAGGGCCACCCAAGCCAUAGACUAUUCACUCUCCUACCAUCCGGCAAACGGUACCGGAGCAUCGGCUCUUGGACCAACAGGCUCCGAGACAGCUUCUACCCCCAAGCCAUAAGAUUGCUAAAUAGCCAGAUUGCUAAAUAGUCAAUAAAUGAUACCCAAACUAUCUGCACUGACUCUUAUCUUGCACAGACCCUACGCACACUCACUAGACUAUACACCGGGGGUGUUUCUCAAUAUGCAUACUACUGUGCUCCACACUCUCAUGCUCCGAGUGCAUUCUACGAGGAUGUUCUCUUGAGUACGUUCUUGUGAGGACGAGAGUGUGGAGAACGCAUAAAACAUUACAUUUGAGAAGCACUCCCCCCUACUGUAUUACCUCACGCUGCACCUCCCCAUUCACUGAACCUUCUUCCUGCCAGGACAAUGGCAACAAUAGAGAAGAAACAAGCUAUACACAAUGCAAAUGUUUUACUUCAUAACUAUCAGCUAGCUAUAUGUGAAUCGUAAUAAUCUAGCUAACCAGAUAGUUUAACAGGCAAAAAUGACCUAAAACUAAUGUUAUGCAAGGUAGAUUCUUCGUGGGUAGCUAGCUGCCAAUUCUUUGUGGCAGUAGUAGCUAGCCGGACAACGUUAGCCCUAUUGACUUACUAUGGGCUUGCGAUCUACGCGCACUACAGUGGGUAUUGUAGACAGGUAAAAAUGCUAAAAUUAUUAAUGUAAAAUUUAUUACGAUUUACAAUUUAGCAGUGGUGGUGCGCCACUGUAAAAUGCAUAUACAAAAUGCACUACUACUACUACUACUACUACAGCCAUGUCUGCUUCUGCCAGUUAGCAGCCAAACACAUCUCUGCUGCUGCUACUACUACUACUAAUACUACUACUACUACUACUACUACUACUAAUACUACUACAGCCAUGUCUGCUUCUGCCAGUUAGCAGCCAAACACAUCUCUGCUGCUGCUACUACUACUACUACUACUACUACUACUACUACUACUACUACUACUACUAAUACUACUACUAAUACUACUACAGCCAUGUCUGCUUCUGCCAGUUAGCAGCCAAACACAUCUCUGCUGCUGCUACUACUACUACUAAUACUACUACUACUACUACUAAUACUACUACUAAUACUACUACAGCCAUGUCUGCUUCUGCCAGUUAGCAGCAAAACACAUCUCUGCUGCUACUACUACUACUACUACUACUACUACUACUACUAGUACUCCUGAGUGGCGCAGUGGUCUAAGGCACUGCAUCGCAGUGCUAACUGUGCCACUAGAGAUCCUGGUUCGAAUCCAGGCUCUGUCGCAGCCGGCCGCGACCGGGAGACUCAUGGGCGGCGCACAAUUGGCCCAGCGUCGUCCAGGGUAGGGGAGGGAAUGGCCGGCAUGGAUGUAGCUCAGUUGAUAAAGCAUGGCGUUUGCAACGCCAGGGUUGUGGGUUCGAUUCCCACGGGGGUCCAGUAUAAAAAAUAUAUAUAUAUAUAUAUAUGUGUUCACUAACUGUAAGUCGCUCUGGAUAAGAGCGUCUGCUAAAUGACGUAAAUGUAAAAUGUACUACUACUACUACUACUACUACUACUACUAAUACUACUACAGCCAUGUCUGCUUCUGCCAGUUAGCAGCCAAACACAUCUCUGCUGCUGCUACUACUACUACUAAUACUACUACUACUACUACUACUACUACUACUAAUACUAAUACUACUACAGCCAUGUCUGCUUCUGCCAGUUAGCAGCCAAACACAUCUCUGCCAAGUGAGACACUGUUUUCUCUCUUACCUUCCUCUCUUUUUCUCCUUUGCAACUGCUCUUCUUUUGACUUGCCCUUCUUCCAUCUUCCCCUCUUCUCUCAACUUCCCCUCCUCAUCCACCUUCCCCUCUUCUCUCAACUUCCCCUCCUCUUCCCUCCUCCUCAUCCACCUUCCCCUCUUCUCUCAACUUCCCCUCCUCUUCCCUCCUCCUCAUCCACCUUCCCCUCUUCUCUCAACUUCCCCUCCUCUUCCCUCCUCCUCGUCCACCUUCCCCUCUUCUCUCAACUUCCCCUCUUCUUUCACUCUCUUCUUACCGUUAUUUACCAUAUAAAUACUAAUGUUGUAAUUUACACCAUAGUCCACCAGAGGGAGGGGUUGAUUUUCAAAAAAAUAUGUAUUGACUCACAAUGUAAACCCAAACAAAUCUACUCUCUCUGUCUCUGUCUCUGUCUCUCGUUCUCUCUUCUCCUGGCUCCAUUCUCUUAUGCUUUUAUUCCUGACCUCUUUUGUUAUACAUAUUAUUUAAGCACUCACAUUCUUCUGUAAAAGCUUUUGAAGUUGUAGCUACUAGCUGGCUAAGUCAUUUACCUAAUCACCAAAAAGCAGUGUGUGUGAUAUAUACAUACAUACAUACAUACAUACAUACAUACAUACAUACAUACAUACAUACAUACAUACAUACAUACAGUGAGGGGGGAAAAAAGUAUUUGAUCCCCUGCUGAUUUUGUACGAUUGCCCACUGACAAAGACAUGAUCAGUCUAUAAUUUUAAUGGUAGGUUUAUUUGAACAGUGAGAGACAGAAUAAUAACAAAUAAUUCCAGAAAAACGCAUUUCAAAAAUGUUAUACAUUGAUUUGCAUUUUAAUGAGGGAAAUAAGUAUUUGACCCCCUCUCAAUCAGAAAGAUUUCUGGCUCCCAAGUGUAUUUUAUACAGGUAACGAGCUGAGAUUAGGAGCACACUCUUAAAGGGAAUGCUGCUAAUCUCAGUUUGUUACCUGUAUAAAAGACACCUGUCCACAGAAGCAAUCAAUCAAUCAGAUUCCAAACUCUCCACCAUGGCCAAGACCAAAGAGCUCUCCAAGGAUGUAAGGGACAAGAUUGUAGACCUACACAAGGCUGGAAUGGGCUACAAGACCAUCGCCAAGCAGCUUGGUGAGAAGGUGACAACAGUUGGUGCGAUUAUUCGCAAAUGGAAGAAACACAAAAUAACUGUCAAUCUCCCUCGGCCUGGGGCUCCAUACAAGAUCUCACCUCGUGGAGUUGCAAUGAUCAUGAGAACGGUGAGGAAUCAGCCCAGAACUACACGGGAGGAUCUUGUCAAUGAUCUCAAGGCAGCUGGGACCAUAGUCACCAAGAAAACAAUUGGUAACACACUACGCCGUGAAGGACUGAAAUCCUGCAGCGCCCGCAAGGUCCCCCUGCUCAAGAAAGCACAUAUACAGGCCCGUCUGAAGUUUGCCAAUGAACAUCUGAAUGAUUCAGAGGAGAACUGGGUGAAAGUGUUCUGGUCAGAUGAGACCAAUCGAGUUCUUUGGCAUCAACUCAACUCGCCGUGUUUGGAGGAGGAGGAAUGCUGCCUAUGACACCAAGAACACCAUCCCCACCGUCAAACAUGGAGGUGGAAACAUUAUGCUUUGGGUGUGUUUUUCUGCUAAGGGGACAGGACAACUUCACCGCAUAAAAGGGACGAUGGACGGGGCCAUGUACCGUCAAAUCUUGGUUGAGAACCUCCUUCCCUCAGCCAGAGCAUUGAAAAUGGGUCGUGGAUGGGUAUUCCAGCAUGACAAUGACCCAAAACACACGGCCAAGGCAACAAAGGAGUGGCUCAAGAAGAAGCACAUUAAGGUCCUGGAGUGGUUUAGCCAGUCUCCAGACCUUAAUCCCAUAGAACAUCUGUGGAGGGAGCUGAAGGCUCGAGUUGCCAAACGUCAGCCUCGAAACCUUAAUGAGGGACAAAAUCCCUCCUGAGAUGUGUGCAAACCUGGUGGCCAACUACAAGAAAUGUCUGACCUCUGUGAUUGCCAACAAGGGUUUUGCCACCAAGUACUAAGUCAUGUUUUGCAGAGGGGUCAAAUACUUAUUUCCCCUCAUUAAUAAUAAUAGCUAUAGCCCAUUUAGCAGACGCUUUUAUCCAAAGCGACUUACAGUCAUGCGUGCAUAAUUUUUUUUGUGUAUGGGUCGUCCCGGGGAUCGAACCCACUACCUUGGCGUUACAAGCGCCGUGCUCUACCAGCUGAGCUACAUUAAGAUGCAAAUCAAUUUAUAACAUUUUUGACAUGCGUUUUUCUGGAUUUUUUUUGUUGUUAUUCUGUCUCUCACUGUUCAAAUAAACCUACCAUUAAAAUUAUAGACUGAUCAUGUCUUUGUCAGUGGGCAAACGUACAAAAUCAGCAGGGGAUCAAAUACUUUUUUCCCUCGCUGUAUAUAUACACACACUCUACCGGUCAAAAUAUUUAUAACACCUACUCAUUCAAGGGUUUUUCUUUCUUUUUACUAUAUUUCUACAUUGAAGAAUAUUAGUGAAGACAUCAAAACUAUGAAAUAACACAUAUGGAAUCAUGUAGGAACCAAAAAAGUGUUAAACAGAUUCUUCAAAUAGCCACCCUUUGCCUUGAUGACCGCUUUUGGGGUGUGAUGUAGCCUAAUAUGGAGGACCCGGCAAGCCAGACUAUUCUCUAUCAUGUAUAUUCCAACAUAAAUAACUUCAAAUAUGUAACUUCAAAUUAAACCAAAUCAUUUGCACUCAUGAUUACUGGUUUCAAUCAAAUGUUCAGCCAACUUACAAGCAAAUAAUGUAUAAAUCUUUGUUACAAAUCAACUUGCAAGGUUGCUAGCCAACUAGCCUGCUAACAUUAGCCCUACUAGCUUGCUAACAUUAUGUUAGCACUGCAUGAGUCAGCCAGUUGCUAUCAACACCUAGAAAUGCAUAACACCAUCUAACCAGUUAUCAAAGAAUAUUAGCUAUAUGCCGUUAUCUUAGCCAGCGAGCUAGCCAGCCAGCUAACGUCAGCUAUUUAGCCAACUAGCUAUAGCCCAGCCAGUCUAGCCAACCACCAUGGUUAUGGUCGGCAAGUUAGAGCUAAACUGGAGACCAACUAAAACACAACUAACAAAACUAAAACACAACCGCAGCUCAAAAGCAAAGAGAUAGCUGAGACUUACAGAUUGAUGGCUAGGGCCCAUCCGAUGGAAAAACUUUGUGCAGGCUGAGUUAGCUAGCUACCAAAGCGGGGGGAGGCGGGCGCUUCACCGGGCGGAGAGAGAGUCAGUGAGGGAAAUCCAAUAGCUAUAUAGCGAGAAAAAUCCUAAAUGAAUAUAUUCCAGAUGUCAGUCAGCUAGCGUGCUAGCGCUAAGCCAAUUUGGGAAAAACUACACAAUUAGAGAAGGCAGGUAUGAUUUUCUCUUUCGUUUUUAGCCCACGGCAAGAAGGCACCAGAGCCUGCCAUGCUAACGGGUUCCCACUAGAUAACACAGCCACAAGAGCAUGAGGAUGAGGAUGCUAACAUUAGCAAGCGUGAGCUAGCUACCGAGCUAGCAUUCGAACUCGGUAGCACAGAGUAGAUUCUCCAUAUGACGUUGAGAAAUAGUGCGUUGUGGGUAGUUAAGAAGAUGUUAAGAAAUAUGUAAUAACCCAAAACAUAACUAUGUUUGUAGUUAUAGGUAAUCAGACCGUGACUACAACUAAGUUACGAAGUCUUUGACCACACUGUGUUGUUACUUUGGUGAAUCAUGCUUCCUACCCUUUUUAAAGUAUAAUUUUUUAAAAGUUCUAAUGUUACUUUGUUCAACACAACAAAAAAAUACUUAAAUAAAUGUAAUUUUGUCCUUGAAACAUUUAAUUGAAAUACUGUAGAAUUCCAUUCAUUCCUAUGGAGGACUGCUCCUGCUGGGGAGUGCCAUUAUGGCCGACCAGUGGCUUCAAAGCCUCUCAUUGGCCAAUACAUGGCAUCAGCAAUCCAGGGUUUAUAUACAUCAUUGGAACUAAGAAAGUUGGGUGUCUCUUUUUUGUAUUGAAAAUGCUAAACAAUUGAUGCUUUAGCUAAGCCUACCUUUAACGCACAUGAAUGUUACCAGAGCUAGGCUUAGCGUAAAGGACGUCAAGUUGAAGGUAGCGUGCAAUGGUCACCUGUCAAACCGCCACCCAACAUCCAGGUGAGCCUGUAUCAGUGUUCUGUUUUAACUCCAGUCUCACCCACAGUCAUUACUCUAAUUAUCAAAAGGAAAACACAGUGGGAAACAACUUCCACAAAAUUAUUUUCCAAUCGUUUCAUUCUAAACAGAACCACAAUUAUUUUCGUUCCGUUCCACUAUUCCAACCAGCAUAAUAAAAUUCUGAACCGAUUUUUUUUAAAGAAAAAGAAAAAAGAAAAAAAAAGUAACCGGUUUAUAUAAUUCCUUUUUUGUUCCUUUUUUAACCUGUGAAAUCGACAUACUUUUUACAUUUACCUAAUUAAAUUACCCCACCAAUCAGUGCGGAUAGAGCAGCUUGCUAUGGACUGGGCAAGGUAAUUGUUUGAACAUGCUUGAUGGACAGACAAGUGUAGGGCGCGAAAUGCGACUAAAACUUUGCGGGCGGGGAUAGAGCGAGAGAGAUGUGUUUAGGAUAUUAGUAGUAGGCCUAUCAUUACUUCACUGAAUUACAUCAUUAUAUACUAGCUAGAUACCAAUGGAGGAGCGUUUAAUAUGGAGGGACUUUGAAUGUCUGAAAAUUUUGGCUCAAUGACCUGGACCAGAGAUGGCUAACAAGCUUCCGUGUGCAGCGGCACCAGAAUUCAAAACACUCUUACCUUUGUUGUUAAUGAAUCCAAUGUGAAAUGUAAUAACAUAAUAUCCUUAACUAGCCUAGAAAAAGCUGUCAGGCAGACACUGGAAAGAGUAUCUGCCUGACAGAGAGCACUUUGAUGGCGUUUUUUUUGUGGGACUGAAAACACUACAGAUCACUUUCGUUCCCGGUUUGGUUUAUUUUCCGGGUUCCGGUUCUGUUCCCUGAACCGGUUCAUGACCCCUGGUAUACCAUGUAUGACUGUCAUCUCAUCUGUCUGAGUAACACUACUGAUCUUAAGUCUUCAUCUUAACCAUUCACUUUUAUCCUAAGUGUUAAACAGGAGCGCAAGCCUCUGUUGCCAUAGCUGCAUGAUGCAUAUUUAUACGUUUGAUUUCUCUGGCUUCCUUAAGGACUAUUACUGUGUAUGUUGUUGUGGUUCAGUUGUUGUAUGUUGCCCGUGCGUGCGAAUUGUGUCCUCAGUUGACAUGUGUCCUCCAUCUUGUACUAACAGGAAGAUGAUGUUUCUGUGGUUUGAGGAAGGCUUCAGAGUGGUCAUCCUCACUUCCAACAUGAUCAGGGCAGACUGGUACCAGAAAACACAGAGGUGAGUGAGUCUCUUACCGUGGCCAUUUUGAAGGCUACCAUUUCUAUAGUGUGGUUAAACUAUACUGCAUGCUACGCUAGGUUACAGUCUACACUCCCAGUUGAAAUGAGUUGAACUUCAAUUUCAUCAUUUUGUUUUUGAUUAAUUAUUAAGUUAUUGAUUUCCUGUUUUUGCUCCAGUUCUUGCAUUGCUUGAGAGCCAGAUGUCUUUGAAGUAGUUAGUUUGAGCUUUAAGAAAACAACAUUAGUCUCAUAUCUGGGAUGAAUAUCCUAGCUGUCGUCGUGUAUUCAUACCAACCUUAAUAACACAUUUGAUCUUGGUUACCAUGACAACUCGCUCAGCAAGCUGAAAUGAGGCCCAAUAGUAACUGGGGCACGAGUUUUUUUCUGACAAACCAAUCCCCCAAUCCUUUCAUAAAACCUGUACUGAUUAUUUUACAGAAACACAUAUUAAGUGUCUCUGCCAGUUAAUCGCUCUCUGAUGUUCAUGUACUCCCUUACACUAAUAGGAGAGAUGAAAUCAUCCCCUCUUUCAGAUUCUUUCAUUCAGGUGAUCCCUCUAUUUAUGAGGUCAUUUCCUGUCUACUCCGCCUCUCCCUGACCCUUGACCCCAGUUCCAUUAGCGAGGCUCUAACAGAGAGAGCAGCCUUUAAAGAACAACAGUUUGGCCUACCUCCUCCAUCUAUGUCGUCUCUCACUUAAAUACUCCUCUCUCCUCUCCGUUUCUCACUCUCUACCUGUCAAUCAAAAAAAUACCCUCAAGUAAAAGGUGACAUUCUGUACUGUAGCCUCCAUAUAUUUAUUUUGAUAUCUCAAAUCCAAAAUGCUGGAGUAUAGAGCCCAAAAAAUAUAUAAAUAUCUUCACUGUCCGAAUACGCUCCCCUCCAUAUGUAAAUGUAUAUCUCCCCUCCAUAUGUAUACCUCUCUCCUCCAUAUGUAUACCUCUCUCCUCCAUAUGUAUACCUCUCUCCUCCAUAUGUAUAUCUCUCCCCUCCAUAUGUAUAUCUCUCUCCUCCAUAUGUAUAUCUCUUCCCUCCAUAUGUAUACCUCUCUCCUCCAUAUGUAUAUCUCUCUCCUCCAUAUGUAUACCUCUCUCCUCCAUAUGUAUAUCUCUCCCCUCCAUAUGUAUAUCUCUCUCCUCCAUAUGUAUAUCUCUUCCCUCCAUAUGUAUACCUCUCUCCUCCAUAUGUAUACCUCUCUCCUCCAUAUGUAUACCUCUCUCCUCCAUAUGUAUAUCUCUUCCCUCCAUAUGUAUACCUCUCUCCUCCAUAUGUAUAUCUCUUCCCUCCAUAUGUAUACCUCUCUCCUCCAUAUGUAUAUCUCUCCCCUCCAUAUGUAUAUCUCUCCCCUCCAUAUGUAUAUCUCUCUCCUCUUUCUUCCUUUUCAACCUCUCUCACUCCCCCUCUCUCUGUCUGAUCGUCAUGCUGAGGUGGUAGUAGUGGAUGUCUGGUCUGGGCCUGCCCUCUCCUUAGAGGCGGAUCCUAGUGCCUGGCCUCCAUAUUCAUGAGCUCUGGCCCCGUUCUGCCCUGCCAUUGGAGUUACAUCACACACACACAUCUGCUAUGUCUGUCACCCCAGAAUUGCUUUCAGCCUCUGUCAAGCUGUGGAUGACAAAUGGCUGAAGUGAUAUGCAGGGUGUGUUGACGUUGUGAGGCUUUCUCUCAGUUUUUCAUUUAGUGAAAUGAAAGAAAACUUUAUUGAUCCCCUAAGGGGAACUUGGUUUUGUAAGCAGCAGACAGUGACCAUGAAGACUCAUGGGGAUAUGUCAGAACACUGAUGACUUAUGAAACAAGAGAGAGGGUAUUGUGCUGAGUGAUAUAUAGUUGAGGUUGUAUUGUAAGGACCCUGGGACUAAACACCUCCCUCUGCAACUGGAUCCUGGACUUCCUGACGGGCUUCCCCCAGGUGGUAAGGGUAGGUAACAACACAUCUGCCACGCUGAUCCUCAACACGGGGGCCCCUCACGGGUGCGUGCUCAGUCCCCUCCUGUACUCCCUGUUCACCCAUGACUGCAUGGCCAGGCACGACUCCAACACCACCAUUAAGUUUGCCGACGACACAACAGUGGUAGGCCUGAUCACCGACAACGAUGAGACAGCCUAUAGGGAGGAGGUCAGAGACCUGGCCAUGUGGUGCCAGGAUAACAACCUCUCCCUCAACGUGAUCAAGACAAAGGAGAUGAUUGUGGACUAGGAAAAAGAAGAGGACCGAGCACGCCCCCAUUCUCAUCGACGGGGCUGUAGUGGAGCAGGUUGAGAGCUUCAUGUUCCUUGGUGUCCACAUCACCAACAAACUAACAUGGUCCAAACACACCAAGACAGUCAUGAAGAGGGCACGACAAAGCCUAUUCCCCCUCAGGAGAUUGAAAAGAUUUGGCAUGGGUCCUCAAAACGUUCUACAGCUGCACCAUCGAGAGCAUCCUGACUGGUUGCAUCACAGACUUGUAUGGCAACUGCUCGGCCUCCGACCGUAAGGCACUGCAGAGGGUAGUGCGUACGGCCCAGUACAUUUUACAUUUACAUUUGAGUCAUUUAGCAGACGCUCUUAUCCAGAGCGACUUACAUGAGCAAUUAGGGUUAAGUGCCUUGCUCAAGGGCACAUCGACAGAUUUUUCACCUAGUCGGCUCGGGGAUUAGAACCAGCGACCUUUCGGUUACUGGCACAACGCUCUUAACCACUAAGCUACCUGCCGUACAUCACUGGGGCCAAGCUUCCUUCCAUCCAGGACCUCUAUGCCAGGCGGUGUCAGAGGAAGGCCCUAAAUAUUGUCAAAGACUCCAGCCACCCUGUUCUCUCUGCUACCGCACGGCAAGCGGUACCGCAGUGCCAAGUCUAGGGCCAAAAGGCUUCUUAACAGCUUCUACCCCCAAGCCAUAAGACUCCUGAACAGCUAAUAAAAUGGCUACCCAGACUAUUUGCAUUGCCCACCCCCCACCCCCUCUUUUACGCUGCUGCUACUCUCUGUUUAUUAUCUAUCCAUAGUCACUUUAACUAUAGCUACAUGUACAUAUUACCUCAAUUACCUUGACUAACCGGUGCCCCUGCACAUUGACUCUGUACCGGUACCCCCUGUAUAUAGCCUCCCUACUGUUAUUUUUACUGUUAUUUUACUGCUUUUAUUAUUGACUUAUCUAUUGUUUACUUAACACCUAUUCGUCUUAAAACUGCAUUGUUGGUUAAGGGCUUGUAAGUAAGCAUUUCACUGUAAUGUCUACACCUGUUGUAUUCGGCGCAUGUGACAAAUAAAAUGUGAUUUGAUUUGUAAUGGCUUUGACUAGGGGUUGUAUUGUUGCAUGAUUGUAUUGUGUAGUAUUAUGUAACAGAUGUUGUAUUGAGACAGUAUAUCUAUGUCUGUGUCUCAGGUUAUGGGUGAGUCCUCUGUAUCCACGGUUACCCAAGGGGAGUCCAGAGACUGUAGGGGAGUCUCCCACCCUCUCCAAGCGGAACCAAAUGAUCGGCGAACACGAACUGUCUGAGACCAAGCGAGACGAUGUUAAUCUAUGAUCAUGUUCAAUUGGCACCAAACAGCAGAAAACAUUUGAAACAGAUGAGGUACUACCUUAACUCACCAUAAUAACUGAUUUUUGUUUUAAUAUAUAACUGCAAGGGCUGUGCUCUACCACCUAAACAUUAUGCCAACUGAAGUGGACCCAUAUGAGAUGUUGACAGCUCCUCCUCUCUCUCCUCCUCCUGAUAGGUGAGACUCCAGGGAGGUACCUGGGCUCAGACAUGGGGAGGUGGGGUCGCCUGAGGUUGAGAAAAGUAAGAAGGAAUCUCUUGCUUCCAUCUAGGAGCACCAGUAAAUGUUGAUGGACAGCUCCAACGCUCCACUGUCCUCCAUGUUUAAUGAGCCACACACUGCCGGACUCUGUCUCAUCUACUUGAUUGCUUCUCGAUUACUCAGGUAACAGGCUACGAUGUUCAUCACUUAUUUAGUCUGAAGUACAUUUUUAUACCAUAUAUCACGCCUGCUCCCGCUCCCCCUCCCUGGCGCUCGAGUGGGCCAGGCUGCCCAUCAUUACGCACACCUGUCCUUUCACAAUGCAGAUACCACUAUCAGAAGCAUCAGGGCGUUUUUGUUUUUCGUUUGGGUUUGUGACGUCGGGUCUGGGUGCCGCUGCCGAAGGAACCGGGGAUGCCUUAGCUGGCUCGAGAGGUUUUCUUGCCUCGGUUGGCUCGGCAGGCUCCCAUCCCACGUCAUGCCUCAGCGGGCCCGUUAGGCUCCCAUGCCUUAGCGGGCCCGUCAGGCUCCCAUGCCUCAGCCGGCUCGUCAGGCUUCAACGCCUCAGCGGGCCCGUCAGGCUCCCAUGCCUCAGCCGGCUCGUCAGGCUCCCUCGGCCGGCUCGACAGGUUCCCACGCCUCGACCUGCUCGUCCGGCUCCCAUGCCUCGGCAGCAGGUAGCUUAGUGGUUAAGAGCAUUGUGCCAGUAACCAAAAGGUUGCUGGUUCUAAUCCCCGAGGCGACUAGCUGAAAAAUCUGUCGAUGUGCCCUUGAGCAAGGCACUUAACCCCAAUUCCUCCUGUAAGUCACUCUGGAUAAGAGCGUCUGCUAAAUGACUAAAAUGUAAAAUGUUAUUACAUUUUUUAAUACUCUAAACCAGGGUUGGAUGUCUGCAGUGUGUCUGCAGGCUUUUGUUCCAGCCCAGCAUUAACCCUUUACACUCAUGGGAAUCGUUGGGGAUUAAACGCAUCGUUUCAACACUUACAUCACAAGAAUGAUAACUUUAUUUUGAUGCGUGUUAAUUUUUUUGUGGAAUUGAAAAAAGUUAUAAUUGAAUACAGUUUAAAUGUUUACAAAUUAGAUGCGCUGAAAUGUAAUCUAGAGCCAAGCCUGUAGGUUUUUAAUCCGAGGGUGUCCUGCUAUUGACACACUUCUUGAAUUAUGCAACAGAACGUGACAACAACAUUAAUGAGGCAGUCUAGACAGCAUAGGUGAGUGCAGGUAGGCCUAGACAGAGCAACAUUUUGGUGGUUGCAGUUCAACCCCUUUAUGUUAAUGUCUUCAUAUAUGCAAAUACACCCAGUGUUUAUGCAAAUUAGGCACAUCAUUUUCUUUAUUUGAACACAAAAUAUAUUUUAAAAAAUACCUGAUACCAUUAGAAAAUGUAUAUAUGAGUGCAUUCUAACAAAAAAAAGUGACAUUUUACAAUAAAUUGAAUCCCUGAAUUCCAUUCAUUAUUUGUCCAUUCCAGUAAAACAUUUACAGUGAGGGAAAAAAGUAUUUGAUCCCCUGCUGAUUUUGUACGUUUGCCCACUGACAAAGAAAUGAUCAGUCUAUAAUUUUAAUGGUAGGUUUACUUGAACAGUGAGGGACAGAAUAACAACAAAAAAAUCCAGAAAAACGCAUGUCAAAAAUGUUAUAAAUUGAUUUGCAUUUUAAUGAGGGAAAUAGGUAUUUGACCCCCUCUCAAUCAGAAAGUUUUCUGGCUCCCAGGUGUGUUUUAUACAGGUAACGAGCUGAGAUUAGGAGCACACUCUUAAAGGGAGUGCUCCUAAUCUCAGCUUGUUACCUGUAUAAAAGACACCUGUCCACAGAAGCAAUCAAUCAAUCAGAUUCCAAACUCUCCACCAUGGCCAAGACCAAAGAGCUCUCCAAGGAUGUCAGGGACAAGAUUGUAGGCUGGAAUGGGCUACAAGACCAUCGCCAAGCAGUUUGGUGAGAAGGUGACAACAGUUGGUGCGAUUAUUCACAAAUGGAAGAAACACUAAAUAACUGUCAAUCUCCCUCGGCCUGGGGCUCCAUGCAAGAUCUCACCUCGUGGAGUUGCAAUGAUCAUGAGAACGGUGAGGAAUCAGCCCAGAACUACACAGAAGGAUCUUGUCAAUGAUCUCAAGGCAGCUGGGACCAUAGUCACCAAGAAAACAAUUGGUAACACACUACGCCGUGAAGGACUGAAAUCCUGCAGAGCCCGCAAGGUCCCCCUGCUCAAGAAAGCACAUAUACAGGGCUGUCUGAAGUUUGCCAAUGAACAUCUGAAUGAUUCAGAGGAGAACUGGGUGAAAGUGUUGUUGUCAGAUGAGACCAAAAUCGAGCUCUUUGGCACCAACUCAACUCGCCGUGUUUGGAGGAGGAGGAAUGCUGCCUAUGACCCCAAGAACACCAUCCCCACCGUCAAACAUGGAGGUGGAAACAUUAUGCUUUGGGUGUGUUUUUCUGAUAAGGGGACAGGACAACUUCACCGCAUCAAAGGGACGAUGGAUGGGGCCAUGUACCGUCAAAUCUUGGGUGAGAACCUCCUUCCCUCAGCCAGGGCAUUGAAAAUGGGUCGUGGAUGGGUAUUCCAGCAUGACAAUGACCCAAAACAUACGGCCAAGGCAACAAAGGAGUGGCUCAAGAAGAAGCACAUUAAGGUCCUAGAGUGGCCUAGCCAGUCUCCAGACCUUAAUUCCAUAGAAAAUCUGUGGAGAUUGCUAACAAGGGUUUUGCCACCAAGUACUAAGUCAUGUUUUGCAGAGGGGUCAAAUACUUAUUUCCCUCAUUCAAAUGCAAAUCAAUUGAUAACAUUUUUGACAUGCGUUUUUCUGAUUUUUGUUGUUGUUAUUCUGUCUCUCACUGUUCAAAUAAACCUACCAUUAAAAUUAUAGACUGAUCAUUUCUUUGUCAGUGGGCAAACGUACAAAAUCAGCAGGGGAUCAAAUACUUUUUUCUCUCACUGUAUAUCUCACUUGUCAUCCCCAAAGCCAACACCUCCUUUGGCCGCCAUUCCUUCCAGUUCUCUGCUGCAAAUGACUGGAACGAAUUGCAAAAAUCUCUGAAGCUGGAGACACUUAUCUCCCUCAUUAACUUUAAGCAUCAGUUGUCAGAGCAGCUUACCGAUCACUGCACCAGCACACCCAACUACCUCAUCCCCAAAUUGUUAUUUAUUUUGCUAAUUUGCACCCCAGUAUCUCUAUUUGCACAUCAUCUUCUGCACAUCUAUCACUCCAGUGUUAAUACUAAAUUGCAAUUAUUUUGCACCAUAGCCUAUUUAUUGCCUUACCUCCAUAACUUACUACAUUUGCACACACUGUAUAUAGAUUUUCUAUUGUGUUAUUGACUGUACGUUUUGUUUAUUUCAUAUGUAACUCUGUGUUGUUGUUUUUAUCGCACUGCUUUGCUUUAUCUUGGCCAGGUUGCAGUUGUAAAUGAGAACUUGUUCUCAACUGGCUUACCUGGUUAAAUAAAGGUUAAAUAAAAAAUAAAUAAAUAAAAUAAAUGACUAGCUAAGUUAUAAAAUACGAUAUUACAGUUUUGGGCUUUCACAAUGCAAUUCAGAGAAACAGAUCGUAAUUUUUGUGCGCAUGGAAAGGACUGGAGUCAUGAGCGAAUUUCCUUCACAGUAGACAAACCGGCUAAUUCUGUUCAGAAAAACCCAAGGUAUGCUGCCAUGUAAUCUUGUAACUGUACAUCAAACAUAGGAUCAUAAACGUUGACACUGUGGUGCACUCACGGGUGUUUGGCUUGCUUGUAUGACAUCAACGCGGUAUUUAUUAUAAUCCUCAAUGUCUCAUCUUUCAAAAUACAUAGAGACCUCUUAAUUCAUAGCAUGUCCCUCACUCAGACAACCAAAAAUGGGCAAAAGUUUGGGGAGGGAACCACUUGUUGCGCUCAAGUUCAGAACGGCUGUCGGUCAAAACCCAUACAGAGCUGUGAAGCUCAGAGCCUGAGCUCUGACGUCAUUUAUAGCAUGUUACUGUACAGCCACUGCGUUCCAAUUUAGGCACUUAUCAGCUCCAGAAUCUGCCAUUUUCAACCCGUAUGCGGGUACAAGUGUAAAGGGUUAAUUUCUUUCCUCUGUUCCACCCUCUCUGGCUGUUACAGGACCACACACUGCUCAUCCCCAACGAUGAAAAGUGGCCCGUCAUUGGUCAGUAUUCUAGCAUCGGCUCCAUGGGAUUGGACAAGCCCUGGCGGGGGAGUUACAGCGCACUCUGACAACCCUG